CCGGGCGCGGGCGGAGGGGAGAAGGAGGGGCGCGCGCGGCGGGUAGCCCGCAGAAGCCUGGAGCCGCGCAGGAGGACGGAGUGCCAGCAGCCGCGGGGCCGAGCCGAUCUGAUUUGUAUCCACUGUGAUCAGCACUCUCAAUUAGGACUUUCCAGAUCCUGACCCAGGACUGCGGAGUAACCAGAUUCCUCACAAGAAGGAGACAGUGAUUUCGGAUUCCUUGGUGGAGGAAAACCAAACCCUCUGGUCUUGCUUCCAACGAUGCAAGUGUGAUCGCUGGCAUCUUCAUGAGCUCCAGAGGUCACAGCACACUUCCACGGACUCUCAUGGCCCCUCGGAUGAUUUCUGAGGGCGAUGUAGGAGGCAUCGCUCAGAUCACCUCCUCUCUCUUCCUGGGCAGAGGCAGUGUGGCCUCCAACCGGCACCUCCUGCAGGCUCGUGGCAUCACCUGCAUCGUUAAUGCUACCAUCGAGAUCCCCAAUUUCAACUGGCCCCAGUUUGAAUACGUUAAAGUGCCUCUGGCUGACAUGCCUCACGCCCCCAUUGGACUGUACUUUGACACGGUAGCCGACAAGAUCCACAGCGUGAGCAGGAAGCACGGGGCCACGCUGGUGCACUGUGCCGCGGGGGUGAGCCGCUCGGCCACUCUCUGCAUCGCUUACCUGAUGAAAUGCCACAGCGUGUGCCUGCUGGAGGCCUACAACUGGGUGAAGGCCCGCAGGCCCGUCAUCAGGCCCAACGUAGGGUUCUGGAGGCAGCUGAUAGACUACGAGCGCCAGCUCUUUGGGAAGUCAACAGUUAAAAUGGUACAGACGCCAUAUGGCAUAGUUCCAGACGUUUAUGAGAAAGAGUCCCGACACCUGAUGCCUUACUGGGGGAUAUAAAGCCACCAAAGCCUGCAUCAGCAGCCCCUUGAGCAGGACCAGCAUCUGCUACACACCGUCUGCUCCCCUCUUCACCUUUCUUUUCACAUGGUUGACUUCUGGUUCUCCCUGAAGUGUUUUUUACACUGGGUGUUCAAGUUUAUUUUAAAAGCUAGGGAGGGAGGGGAAGAACAUGAGGGGAAUGCAUACAUUGCUAGUAACAUUUUUAAAACUAACAAACAUUUUGGAAUAGUGUUUAUGAAAAUCUUUAACUGGCUUUUAAUCAUUUUUAACAAUUUGAACAGUUUAAUAAACUGGUUCUGCUAUAUUCUGAAUCCCAUGCCUUUAGGCAUCAUGGCAGGUGCGGGAGGAGCUCAGUGCAAAAAUCACUUUGGGUCCUGAUUAACCCUUUAGCGACCAGCUUUGCCCAAGGCUGCCGACCAAACCAAUGCUUAAGGAAGAUUGAUACCAGCUUCAGUCUCUACUGGAUUAGCCCUACUUUUUCCUUUCCUAUUUAGUGACUCUGUAAGUUAAAAACAUAAACCUUUAUUAUCUAGUUGUUAAGUAAUUAUAAUGAAAUCUGCUGCAAACACCCUCUUGGAAUCAUUGUGCCCCAGGACUAUAUUAGCAUUAUUUUUAAUAAAUAUACCUGCAUAACGUAUUAGAAUUUUUA